AGUCGGGGGCAUUACUGCUGGUUGCUUAUACACCUCGUAGGUGUAUGACUGGGUUACAUAUGACUAUGAAGGUGUUAAAAUAGCCAUAAUAUAAAGGCAAUUGUGUCAUGGUUCAUCAAAUUCAGUGUUAUAAUUUAUGAUGGCUGCCGCAACAAGCAGUUCUGGGUCCCAUCAGAGUGAAGGUAACGCAAGUGACAUACAGAGCCUGAGGAAGUGGGCUGCUGCUGAACGGUACUUACUGACAGAACACCAGCUGAGAAUUUUCUACCAUAGCUGUUAUUUUAAUGUUGAGAGAACAAAAAAGUGCAUUAAUGUGUAUUUCUCUAUACGUAGCGGCACUCCAGAGUUGUUUGCAAACAGAGAUAUUAGACGUCCAGAACUGCAGAUGGCACUUUCAGCUUUAAAUUAUGCUGUUUUGCCAGUUUGUGACCCUGCUGGUCACACUAUUAUGCUUCAUAGUCUAUGCAAUUAUGAGCCCUCCAGGUAUGUGUUCAGUGAUGGAAUUAAAUUAUUGUUGAUGAUGAUAGAUGCCUGUGUCCAUUCAGAUGGAAUGUCACCGGGUUAUGUAAUGCUUUUUGAUAUGAAGGGAGUCCAGAGUGGCCAUCUCACUAAACUUAAUAUUUCUUUACUUAGGAAGUUUUUCCAGUACAUACAGGAGGGUAUGCCUAUUCGCUUACAUGCUAUACAUAUUGUAAAUGUUGUUCCAAUCAUGGGAAGAAUAAUGAGUCUCACGAAGCCAUUCAUGAAAAAGGAAUUGCUUUCACUCCUACAUCUUCAUCCAGCAGCUGAUGGAUAUGACUCCUUGUAUGAAUUUAUUCCACGAAACUGUCUCCCUAGAGACUAUGGUGGUGUUUUGGACUGUGUUGAAGAUCUUCAUGCUGAUCAUGUUAAAAGACUUGCAGCACUGCAAAGCUUAUUUUCCAAAGACUAAAUUUCAUUUUAUAAUUUUGAUUUUCAAAUGAGACAAUGUCUAUAACGAGUUGUUGCAGGUAAAGUUCUUAAGCAAUUUCUUUUGAAUGCAAUGUCUUUCUGUGAUUUAAGUUGCGAACAUGAUAAUGUGACUCAAAGAAGUAUUAUGGUUGCUAUUGUGAAACAGACUGAUUUUAAGGUACAAAUUGAUGAAGCUGUUGCUUGAGUAUUGUUGUAUUGAAUGAAUAUUUUUCAGUAUUAUUGGCCUUCUUGCCAAAAGUAGUAUGAAGUGCAUAUUUAAGGUACUUAUUUUUGUGUAAGAAGCAUAGAUUUUGUGAAACAAGUAUUAUGCUUUUUUGUGCUGAUUUAGUAAUUUAUAUGAAGUUAUUUAUUCGUGUGAUAUAUAUAUUUUUUAACAUAUUUUGAGAUUUUAGGAAUCUCGUGAUUCAGUUACUAAUUGUUCGAUCCUGUGAUAGACUUAACGACAUUGAUUAAUGUAGAAAGUUUACCUGCUUUUUGUGUGUUAUGUGGUAUUCAGUUACACAACAUUUACUUCGCUGGGCAGGUUACUUUUACAUGCUCCAUGGAUCUCUUGUCCUUUAAAGAUAAAGGCUAGUGUUUUUUAAUAAAACUACCAAACAUGGGCUAAGUCAUUUACUUGGUAAUUUUUUUAACACUCUACUACUGUGGAUGUUUGUUGUUUAAUCACUGAUAAGUGACUGAAGGUCUAAUAAAUUUUCACAUCAUGGGUAAUGUUCACAAUUGUUUCUCAGGUUUUAAAGGUGUACAGCUAUAUUAUUGUUAAAAAUGUGAUAAGUAUAACCUAAGUGAUUGAAUACUAUAUAAUAUGUGGCUGUGUGUAGUAAACAAGAUGAAUGGGAAAUUAAUUCCAUGUCAUCUAUGAUAACAGCUUUAAUUAUCGUGUUUCU